GGCCGUGCGCUCCGCCCGCCGCUUCCUCCCUUGCCCGUCCACGCUUGCAGUCCGGGAGGCGGGGGUCGGCGGGCCCGCUGAGUGCACCGCGCGGUGCCAGAGGAGCCAGUCGGCGACCGGCGACUGGUGUCUGCGGCGGUCUGGAGUGCAGUCCCGGCGACGAGUGACGCGAGGCGCUGCGGGGCGAGCAAUUGGCCGAAACACGUCCGCGGGCCACCGCGCGGCCUGCUCCUCCCAGGCCUUGUCCUCCGCCUGUCCUCGCUAAUUCUCCUCGGUGACCUUCGGGGCUGGCGGCCCCACGUCGCAGACAUCGCCAGACAAAACUGGAAUAAAGGGACAGCGACAACCACCGGGCUCUGUUAGCGUUAAACGCCCCCCACUCCCCACCACGUUUUUUGGUGUCCUGUCUCGCCCUCCGGGUUGGCUGGCGCCGCAGGCAAGGGGUUUCCAUCCCAGGCACAGACCACUUUGCUUCUGGGGUGAGCUGCAACAUGGGGUGAGGUAGAGAAGAGAGACUUGAAGGGCCUGCCCUGGCACUCAAAUACCAUACCUGCACCCUAGACCAGAGUUUCUCAUACUCCACGUCCACAAUGGGAGAAAGUGGUAUCUUUGUUUAUAUUGCCAUUUAUGUGUACAUGUUUAUGUUUGUGCAUUUGUCUUAUCGUCCUUGGCCAUGUGCCCUUGGAGGUGGUGGCCUGGGAGAGAGUGGGCUUACAGAAACAUGGCUUGAGAGGUACCAUGGUUCCUGGAGGCCCCCAAGUGAGGCAGAGCAUUCACCAGGGCAUGAGCAUUGUUCUUUGGCAUUUAGGAUCAGCCCCUGGGUCUCCAGGGAAGGCUUCAUUCUCAUGAGGGCAAGCAUGCCUUUGAACUGACAACCAACUGGUAUCAGCAGCCCAAGUGUCUAGGUUGAGGGUUCCCUCUGGAGGAACCAAGUGACUCCCUCUAAAGUCUGCUCUUGGGUCUGCGGAGGGGUUCCUGCCCCUGCUUGCAGACUUUGUUUGAAAAAAUUAUCCUCUUUGAAUAAAAUGUCUGGGAUUUAAAAUACUCCAGACAAAAAAUGUAGAAUGGUGACAUAGAUGAAACAAGAAUGGCAAAAUGUUGAGUGAGUGAUACAUGCUACUAUUCUUCCUAGUUUUUUUAUAUUUGAAAGUGUCCGUUAAAAAAUACCUUCCUUUAGAAAAUACUUCCCUCUUCUUUUUCCCCCUGCUUCUGUCUUCCUGCUUAGUUUAAAUUCGCUUUUUCCCUCAUACUUCACCCCUGCAGGGCAUAGGAUAUUCUGCUCCAGAGGCACGAGAGGACAUCCCAUGAUGGCCACUCCUGCCCAGUGUGGAGAGGAGAGGAAGCUCCAGAGCCCACCCCCACAGGUUUGCUUUUUUCAAGCCUUUUUUGUUUGUUUGUUUUUACCCUAUUUGCAUCCAAAAGAUGAGGACCCUAUCCAUGAGGGCAUUUUCACCAAAGUUUUUGGUAUUUAUGAUGAAUUUCCAUAUGCUAAUAAGAAGUUGACUGCUGACAUUUUGUUUACUUCCUCUCCCUGAUCUGUUGGGUGACACAGGACUAUACUGAAAUAACACUAUACUUAAACUUGAGUCAGUGGUGAGGCCAGCCAGGCAAGGAGGGUAGCCACAUUUGUGCUCUUAACUAGAGAGCAUGUGAAGUAAGACAAAGGCUGUCCCUGCUCCCAAACAGCUGCCUGGAGCAACUGAAGGAUUCAGGGAUACCAUUUUAGAUAAACAAGAUAGCAAAGCAGAUUUGGUCUCCAUAAAUCCAGGUUCUCAGAUACCUGGGACUGGGUCAGUGAGGAAAGUGCAGAAUGUUCACAAGCAGCUUGGAUACCUGAGAAAGAUUGUCCCGUCCUCCUCCCCAGCCUUUCCAGAAAAUGUGAAAAGCACUUCUUAGAUAAUGCUACAAUUUCUGAUAGGUUUUUUUGUGAAUCCAUGCUCCCUUUUCACGCCUUUCCUCAGUCCUGAGUUGCUUUCUCAACUUUGAGGCUGUGUACUGGUGUGGGUUAGUUGUUUAUUGGAUACUAUGCAAAGCCAAGGAACAAUAUUUGGGGGUUUCUCAAAUACGUUCCCUUGUCCAGUCUCCAGCCCCUUUGGUAACAUCAGGGUCUGAGUCUUUUGCCCAGGGUGCUGCUGCUGCGUUUGCAUUUCAUCACAUUGCCCUUUUUGUCCUUCCAGUCCAGCCCAGCUUGUUGGUCUCACGUUGGUGACUCAAGAAACCUAGGUCUUGGAGGAAGGUGUUGGGACCUUCUCAUUGCCCUGUACCUCCUGGUUAUUUCUUAAUGCAUCCGCAGGCGGAGAUCCCAGGUCUCAGGCCGGAAAACAGGCUGGUCACUCCUCCUCCUUCCCUCCUGGGCAGUGUUGACGGCUGGUUCCGCACUGAAUGCAAGCUCUCCUCUGAAUCCUUUCCUGCCUGUUCUCCAGAACAGCGCAGUCUGUCCCUCCUGCCUUUCAGGUGGUACAAAGAUAACCCCUCCAUAUUUCUGGGACUCCCAUGGCUUUGCCUCCUCUUAAAGAAGGUAAUCAGGAGAUGGACUAUCUGAGGAAAUUAGAGGAAAUCAGGAGUUCGUGUUCCCCUCUCCAUUCCCCAAGGCGGACCUGUUGCUGGCUGUUGCUGGGGCUCACAGUGACCUUUUCCUCGCAGGGCUCACGGAGCAGGGUGAAACUGGCCACAGCUCGCCUCUGGAACAACCGCAACGCCUGACUGUGAGAAAGGGAACCCUGGAAUCCGCAGACCAGUUUUUGAGGUCUCCCUCUCUCCACUCUGCUACAGUUCUCUUUUCAGGCUUCAAGAAAACUAAUAAUUUCCUGCAGCACGAGGAGGCGAACACCAGAGUGCUAGCGGCACGCUGUGGGUCCGUCCUCAUCAUGCUCGAGGCAUCGCGGGCGGUGGCAGUGGGAAGGCCUUAUGCGUGCAGCGAAUGUGGCAAGAGCUUCCGCUACAGCUCUGUGCUGCUGCGGCAUGAGCAUGCCCAUGGCAAUGGCACCCGCUUCCGCUGCCUAGAGUGCGGUGAGCGUUGUGCUGGGGCUGCAGACCUCCGAGCGCACAGGCGCGCCCACGCCGGUCAAACCCUCUACAUCUGCAGUGAGUGCGGCCAGAGCUUCCUCCACAUCAGCCUCCUCGACCUGCACCUGAGUGCACACAGACGGCGCAGCCGCGCCCGCCCCUGCCGCGUCUGCGGCCACCGCUUCCCACACCUUCCAGCGCUGCUCCUGCAUCAGCGCCGCCAGCACCCGCCUGAGCGGCCCCGCCGCUGCCCACUGUGCGCCCGCAAUUUCCGACAGAGCGCACUGCGUUUCCACCAGGCGCGGGCACACCGGUCGGGGACAACCACUGUCCCCGCUGACCCGCCCCACCAAUGCGCUCACUGCCCAAGGUCCUUCCGCAGCCACGCGGGACUACGGAGUCACGCGCGUGUCCACGUGGCCCGGAGCUCCGGUGACCCCACGCCCCAGCGACCCUGCGCCAGGGACACACACCAGUGUAGUGUGUGUGGCAAGAGCUUCAGCAAGAACUCUACACUGACGCGACACCUGCAGACGCACUCGGGCGAGAAGCCCUUUAAGUGUCCCGAGUGCGGCAAGGGCUUUUUGGAGAGCGCCACACUAGUACGUCACCAGCGCACGCACACGGGCGAAAAGCCAUACGCAUGCGGUGACUGCGGGCGCUGCUUCAGCGAGAGUUCCACGCUGCUGCGCCACAGGCGUAGCCACCAAGGUGAACGGCCACACUCGUGCACCACUUGUGGCAAGGGCUUCGGGCAGCGAUCGGAUCUCGUGGUGCACCAGCGCAUCCAUACAGGCGAGAGACCCUUCCCAUGCCCUGACUGUGGCCGCAGCUUCAGCGACCGCUCGGACCUCACCAAGCAUCGGCGUACACACACGGGCGAGAAGCCCUACCACUGUGAGCUCUGCGGAAAGCAGUUCACGUGCGUGUCCAACCUCAACGUGCAUCGGCGUAACCACGCUGGCCACAAGCCACACAAGUGCCCUGAAUGUGGUAAGGCCUUCAGCGUUGCCUCCAAGCUUGCGCUGCACCGAAAAACGCACCUGGGCGAGCGGCCAGUGGAGUGCGCGGAGUGCGGCAAGUGUUUCAGCCAUAGUCGCUCACUGUCGCAGCACCAGCGGGCCCACAGGCGCGCCCGCACCGCUGCCGCUUCCACUACUGUCACAGAGACUGUAGCAAGUGCUACCCUUGUCUUUGCGGGGCUGACUGGACAGGAGAAGCCGGGGCUCCUUGUGUCUCAGUUCAGGGAGACUUGCUGAGAGGCUUCUCCGAAAGGGAGCGGGCAAGCACCCAAUUUGCGCCACAGGGACAGUAGAGCGACUCCGCGGGCAAAGAUGGCAUGGCCUUGGGCUGGCCAGUGGCUAACUUCGGAGAGUGCGGUGCUGAUAACACCAAGGCCAUGGGUUC